UCCUAUCAUUCGAACAGUUAAAAGAAAGAUUUUGUUGCAAAAUUAUCUGUACGGAUACAUUUUAAUAAGGGUUAAUAACAUGAUUUGUUUACAAGUUUUUGCUAUUUUGUUGUUCUUGGUGGUUAGUUUCCAACCUACUUUGCAGCAAGGCCAGCGCAACCAGCCAACCCAAAACAGAGGACAACAGCCACAACAACAACAACGGCCACAGCCACAACAACGGCCACAAAACAGACAGCCACCUCCGCAAAACAGGUGGCCCCCUCAAAAUAGACGGCCGCCACAAAGGCCCCCAAACCAACCCCAACACCCAAGGCCACCCCAGAGAAGGCCCCCUCAAAGAAGACCCCAGCCACAACCCCCACAACAGCAAAACCCUGAAUCUCAGGGUGAAACAGACAGGCCCCAAAACCCGGAGCAAAAUCAGCAACAGCCUGUUUACCCAAACACUCCGCGUCGUGAGACCGUAUGCACAAGAAUAUGUUAUUGCCAGCAGAGCCAAGCGUAUUGUGCACAAAAACAACUAAGGAGAAUACCUGAGCCUUGGCCGUAUGGUUUAACAUCAAUAUCCCUGGAUCAAAAUCGACUGACUUCAAUAAACAUAGAAGCACUUUCACAUUCAGAACUCAGAAGUGUUGCUUCGUUUACUAUGGCUGUCAAUCAGAUUACUAAAAUUCCUAAUAAAGCCUUCACUGGUCUCACCUCAGUAAGAGAACUAACACUAUCGUCGAACUUAAUAUCAGAGAUCGAAUCAGAAGCCUUCCAGGGCUUGCAUUCGGUUGAGACGAUUAACUUGAGGAAAAACGAACUUUCUAAUCUAGAUCCGACUCCAUUUGCUAGACUACGAAGCUUACGAAUGCUUAACUUAGAAGGAAACAAGUUGGAAACAUUAGACGCGAGUUUCUUUGAUAAACUGCCGAACCUUGCCGCUCUCGCAUUGGGGGAUAACCCAUGGAAAUGUGACUGCAAUUUACUUGGCUUGUUCAUGUGGAUUUAUUCCGGAAAGCAGCUCCAAGGGAAAGCCCCGACGUGUUGGAGUCCAGAAGAACACCAGGGCAAGAACUUACAAGCUGUCACAUUUAUAGAUUUUCAGAAGAUAUGUUUAGACGAAUGGAAGGACGAAGCGAAAGAUGACAUUACUGGUCCUCCAGAAAUCGAGGAAGUAAUCUCAAAAAUCAACGACAGCUGUUCCAUUCACAACGCUACACUCCCUGUCGAUAUUUGCUUCAUUUCAAAUGAUGUUUACACGAGCCCGGGUCGACACGUGUGCAUACACUGUUUGAGUACGAAAGACGAACGUUUAUUUGAAGCGAAUGGGUCAGGUGUAGAAGCGAAAGAUUUUACGGAGAACAGUAACGUGUAUGGUGACGUAAACAUCACGUGGGAUAUCCCUGACGUCACGGGCGAUGACGUCAGAAUCGUACAACACGAAAACGGGUCCCUGUGCAUUCAAAAAGUUCGGGUUUCCGACGCUGGAGAAUACGUAUGUUCAGCUGAACUCAACAAUAUUACCGUGUUUGAAACAGUGAAUAUUGCAGUGUCUAAUGCACCUCUUACGGUCGCAGUCAGCGUGAUAGUUGUCGUUUUCCUUCUAAUCUUUAUAUUUAUUCUGAUCUUACUGCGGUGGUGGCAUGGUGAGACAGAGGCAACGCAGAAAUAAUUGUUAAUAUUUGCACGGAACAAGCAUGUAUACAUGAAUGUAACUUGUUUUAUCUUCGCAUGGCGGGACAACGACAGUUGCAAUAAAACGGGUGUUCUGUUUCA